AUGGCUCGUAACUACAUCAGAGAUAAAGAUUGGAUGUACGUGGGUCGUGCAGAACGCAUGCAAUCUAUUUUCGUUAAUGGAGUUAGUGCUUUCAUGGACUUUGGCUUGACGAAUAUGUCUGGAGUUCCAUCACGGAGCAAAUCGCGUAGACUACUACAGCGCGGAGACCUGCAGCGUCAGGUGAGAGAGCGUAGGAGAGAACUUGAAUCUGCUGUAGAUACACAGCGCGAAGACCGGCAGCGUCAGGUGAGAGAGCCUAGGAGAGAACUUGAAUCUGCUCAUGUUGCUACCGCCAUACCUAGCAUUGGGGAGUCUACUCCAGUUAGAGAUAUAGACGCAAAUCAACAAACACCUACACAAGAAAAUGAUUUACAGACAACUCCCCCUUCACACUCCAUACCUUCUGGACAAUCGUCAGGUCAGUAUCUUCUUCAUUAUCUUUUGGUGAUUAAUGUGCUUUUUGCUAAGAAAUGCUUACAUAAUGCUUCUAUCUCUUACAUAAUUUUGAAAGACUUCUUUACAAGUUCACAUACACAGUGCAGAUACACUGCUGUGUAUCUGCAGAUACACAGCAGAUACACACUGCUGUGUAUCUGCAGCAGAUACACAGCUAAUGGGACACAUGAGAUACACAGCAGAUACACACUGCUGUGUAUCUGCAGUGUGUAUCUGCUGCAGAUACACUGCUGUGUAUCUGCUGUGUAUCUGCAGAUACACAGCAGAUACACACUGCUGUGUAUCUACAGCAGAUACACAGCUAGAUACACAGCAGUGUGUAUCUGCUGUGUAUCUGCAGAUACACAGCAGAUACACACUGCUGUGUAUCUACAGCAGAUACACAGCUAA